UCAUUUUUUUCAGCUUUGAAGGGAAGAUAUUACCUGAUCGUCUCUGUUGGUCAUUUUUUCAGCUUUUAUUACAAAAGGUAUACAUUGAAUUGUUCUCGACUUCGAUGGCUUCAGAAAACAACAUCGGGAUAUCGUCGAGACAAUUUGUGACCAUUUUAAAGAAAUUCGAUAAAGACGGUGAUGGUGACAUCAAACUGAGCGAACUAGACGCAUUUUUGAAGGCUUUUGUGGACGAGGGCCUGAUAGAAAAUUCCAGAGCAGUGGUAAUUGCUGAAAAAAUCCGCGAAGAACAGCAAGAUGGCGAUGAAGUAUCUAUGACAACGCUGACAAAGGAAAUAGCACCCGUUAACUUCCUUACAGCUGAAUUCGGGGAGCAGAAAACAAGAAUUACCAGCGUGGAUUUUAUGAAGCUCUGGAAUAAUUAUGAUGCUGAUAACAGUGGGUAUCUUGAUAGAGUGGAGCUGCAGAAAUUUUUUUACGAUAUUGUUACAAAGAACAAGGGCGAGGGAGACUCUGAAGAUACGGAAGAAUUAGAAAGGAAAGUUGAUCAUUACAUCAAAACCAUGUUUGAAAUGCUGAACAUUCAAGAGGAUAAAGUCAGCUUAGAAAAAAUGUGCAAAUUUUGCCCAGUUGAGGAAAACUUUCUGGAGCAAUACGAGGCCUUUACUGAAGAAGAAUUCGAAGAGAUAUUUGCACAUUACGACCAGGACAAAAGUGACGAAAUUGAGGGGUGCGAGCUUGAAGGUUUCCUGAAAGACCUCUACGAUAGAAAACACAAGCCGGGCCAGAGUUUUGAAAAGUUUAAAGAAGAAAAGAUGAAGAAAUUCGACAAAGACAAGAACAAGAAAUUUAGCAAGCAGGAAGUGAAAAAAAUCUUGUCCAAACUGUCAUGAGUCAGGCCAAGCCUAAUGCUAAGAUACUUUUUUUUUUUUAGUAACUUCUUUCUUUUUAAGGGGGUUUAAGGGAUUUGUUUUGAAAGACAACUUUCCGU